UUAAUGAUAUAAACAUUAAAAAAAACAUGAAUGAUUGUUUUUUUUUACAACCGAACAGGCGGCUUGCUUGGCGGUGGGAGCGGACUAAACGACUUUGCGGCCGGCUGGAAGUCGUAAUUUUUGUCCAAAAAAAAAUAUAAAAAUACGACAUUGUAGGACUGAAUAUGGUCUAUAAAUUUUAUGUUAAUAAUUUUUUCGAUAUUCAUCACCCAAAAAUAGAUUAUGUCAAAAAACAAAUGGAAUGUCCUAAAUUUUUGACUUUUUUAAUCGAUAUCUCGAAAACGGUGCAUGAUACACAAAAAAUGUGUAUGCAUGAAUUUUAGAACUCGUUAAAAGCUACAAAAAAGCUUCUUGUAAAAUUUUCGCAUCUCGUCAGAUAGCCGAGUUAUUGUCAAAAAACCAAUUUUAUCCUUUUUUUCAAAAUGGCGGAAAAAGCUCAUAGGAAAUCUUGGUCGAAAACUUCAAGUUAAGCUUUUUUAAGCAUCCUCUACAACAUAUCCAAAAUUUAGCUUUCUCGGUCAUUUUGCAUUUCUAAGCCGUUUUUUCCGACAUAAUGACUGGCCUAUAUUUGGGAAAAAUAUUACAGUGCGUGAUGAAAGAUUCGGUAUACUCAGUUAAAAAUUCUUUUUAAAGAAAGAACUAAAAAUUUGAGUAUUGAAACAAACGAGGUUUUAGUCUCAUACGACGUCGUUUCCCUACUUACUAAUGUUCCAGUUCAACUUGCGACUACAAUUAUAAAGAAAAAAUGGGAUAUAAUUUGUAAAAACACCAAAAUGAGCCAAGCCAAAUUUCUGGAAAUGUUAGAUUUCUGUUUAAAAGAAAACAAUUACCUACAAUACAAAGAUAGUUUAUAUAAACAAUUUCAUGGAAUGCCAAUGGGCAAUCCACUUUCUCCAACUAUUGCUGACCUAGUUUUGGACAAUCUUUUAGAUGAAAAAAUUAAAGGCGAAAACAAACCGAAGUGCAUAGUAAAGUACGUUGACGACAUUUUUGCCAUUACAAAAAUAGGGGAAGUUGAUAACAUUCUACGAUCUCUGAAUGAUUAUCACGAAAAAAUUCAGUUUACGGUCGAAAAAGAAACAAACAAAGCUAUAACAUUUUUAGGUGUCAAGAUUGCUCGAGUAGAAGACCGACUCUCUUUCGACACAGCAUCGGGAAGACUCGUUAACUACAGAUCCAAUCAAGCGAAUCAUAUACUCAUAAACACAGCCUCGAAUCUAGUUCAUAAAGUUUUUGCGUUGAGUGACCGGGAAUUCCACUCCGCUAAUGAGAAAAAAGUUACUCAAAUUCUUCUGGACAAUGGCUAUCCAAUCAACAUCAUAAUCCGACAAAAAUACAAAGCUCCUAUCGAUAGCGGCAUGGAAAGAGAAAGGUGUGUUUAUAGGAGUAUAGUGUAUGUCCCCAAGUUAUCCGAAAAUUUCAAAGAAAUUGUAAAGAAGAAGGUUGAAUCCGUAUCGUUAGCUUAUAAAUCCACAAAAACCCUGGCAUCACUUUUAAGUAACAUGAAAACAAAAACAGAGAAGGAUAAACGCACUGAUGUCGUUUACAAAAUAAACUGUCUGGGCAACGCAGAAGAAAAUUGCAACCAAUGUUACGUCGGCACUACAAAACAACUUCUUCGUCAACGAAUCUCCAACCACAAAUCAGACAUCAACCAAAAAAGCACGGGCAAGACAGCACUAGCGUAUCACAGUGUCGAACGCGGACAUAAACCAGAUUUUGACGGAGUUGAAAUCUUGGAAACGGAAAGACAUACUUCGAAGCGGUACACUUUGGAAACGCUCCAUAUAAUUAACAACAAAAACAACAUGAACCGCAAGCAAGAUACCCAAAACAUUUCAUCCGUUUACUGCUCACUUGUGAAAGGGAAAAAGCCGGACUAAGCUUCAUUUCGAAGUGUAAAUUAAUGUCGUUUUCUAUUGACUUUUGAGAUUUUUGUGUAAAAUUCUCAGAUUUUCCACUGCAAAUAGAAUAUGAAAUCUAGUUUUGUAAUUGUGUGCGAAAUCUAUGUGUAUAAAAAAAAAUAAAACAACAACAAAUGUUCAGACAAAUGUCAAACAGAGGAGUGUGUGUGAAAGUGCGUGUGUUUGUAUGCGUGAAUCUUGAUAAAAAUCCAGAAUCAGAUUCUUGAAUCUCAGAUUCAUUUUUUUGUCAUUUUUUUGAAUCUCAGGACGCAAAUAGAUCAUGAAAUCUGAGAUUUGUCCACUAUUUCCCCUCUUCACCCCCCCUUUCAGCUGUCAAAUUCAUAAAUCUCAUUCUGAGAUUCGUCAAUAGAAAACGACAUUAAUAAAACAAAUAAAUUUUUUAAAAAGUAAUUUUAUUAAACUCAACUUAAAUAAUAUCAAAUAAUAUUAUAAAAUUUAAAUAUGUUUACAGUUUAACCGAUUCAACUAAAUGUAUGUUAUUUUUGCUAUGUUUACCUUAAUUCAAAUAAUUGUUAAAAAUUGUAAGUUCAAUCACUUUGUUUCACCAUAUUUGUUCCAAUGUUUAUAAUUGUUCAAUUUAUAUAUUUUGUAAAUAAAAGAUCCCCUGAAGAGGAUGGCAAUCACCAUCAAAACGUCGGGAAACUAAUGAAAUUGUUGUUUCAUUAAAACACCAUUACGUCCAAAACAGCCGAUGAGAAAAAAAUUGGAAUUUUCUCAAACAUCUCUAAUUAAGUAAUCACUUGGUCAAAUAACUCAUCACAUAUUGUUAACAAUAGUUAACAAUAUGUGAUGUAAAAUGUAACAUUGCGACGUCACAGCAUCGUUCCUAAAUGCAAUUUUAAAGUGUCGAAUAGUUAAAUUUUGUAGAUUUUUCCAACUCAUCUUCUGGACUUGAGUUUCAAUGUUAAGUCUGGGUGUCCCCGAAUGACGAAGUCAGACUUCAUGUAAAUGAGCUUGAGUGUAUUAGUGACCUUUCUUCGCCAUACAUCUCUCACGUUCAACGUCAUCUCAACUCAGUUCUCUCGCGGUGUCUUCAUUUGCAUUCUCUUUCCCUUUCUAGAGAACCAAAGCCAUAAAAUUGUAAUUAGGUAAAAAAAACAACAUCUAGGAAUUAGCCAAAAAAGGGUUGCAAGUGUAUAAAGAUUGGAGAAUCGUUUUGCAUUGCGCAACCGAAUUCACUUGUGUUUUUGUUUUCCGUUGGAUUUCAGUGUUGAACUUUUCUUUCUUUCCGCGCAUCUAUGUAUACCUACAUCACGAAAAAAAUAUAGAUUCAAAAGACCAUACUUCCGUUAAUUUUCAAUAAAAAAAAUUAGUGAGUCCAGCAUUAGGAAGGAAAUUAAAUUUUCCUUUUGAGCAACGUUUAUACCUAUCUGAACCAAAAAAAAAAAUACAACUAAAACAGCAAAAAAACUCCAAAUGAAGUAAUUGAAAAGCGGAACAGUUGUUGGGCGAUUUCAUAGAAAAAGACAAUUUCAUCCAUAAUCGAAUUCGAAAAUUUGAUUUUUGUAUUAUAAUACGAAUUACAUUACAAACCGCCUCUGUCUCUCUAAAUUUUUUGUUUAUAGAAAAAUAAAUAUCCACAUAGUUGCUCAGAACCACACAAAAGUACGAACUAACAAUAAUACCUUUAUAUACCUAACAUGCAACACCAUACAUUUUUGAAAGAGUUAAAAAAAAAAACAGUUUUUAAAAAACAAGAAUACAAAAAAACUCGUUUAUCCUAUUCCUAUUCCAUAUAGGGUCAAUGUGGGUAAAUGUAAACAAUUUCAUGUCUUUUUUUUCUCUCGACUUUAGAUUUUUAUAUGUUUUCACGGAACAACUUGAAUGGUAUCUUCAAAUGCAAAUAUGAAAUGAUGGCAAUUCUUCUUUAUAAAUAUAAACAAAUAUUUCCCAAAUUGUUUACAUUACUGUCAAAUAUGGCAUGUUUACAAAUACCCCACCAUGUUUGUGUUUUUUUACAAAUUCGGGGUAAAUGUAAACGGUGGUUUAAAAUUUAGAAUUUCCUCUUUAUCAUAUGGAUAGCAACUUGAAAAACGUUCAAGAAGGUAUUUGACAAAAACUUUUUCAAAUUCCAAUAAAAGUUUUUGUUUUCUUCCUUUGAUUCUUUAUAUAGGCGCCCAAUAUGCAUCCUUAGCAGCUCUGAACGUCAAUUUUUUUGUUUUUUUUACGUCAAAGACCGAUUUUGAAACACCUUCCACUGAAAAUGAUGGUGUUGGCUACUUUAAAAUGUGACUCCGCGGCACUUUAGCAAUAGUAAUUGACUUAAAAGACGUUAUUUUUAUUAAAACCAAUAAUUUCAUAUUAUUUACCCCCAGAAUACGUUGUUUACAUUUACCCAUUAUGAAAAAUAUUCUGGGGUAAAUGUAAACACAUGCAAAUCGACAUAAAUGUCCUGUAUUUUAAAAAUUGUUUGUAUCACAUAGAAUCUACAUCAAAAUUAAAAACAAAAAAGUAUUUGCAAAUUAUACUGACUUAAUUUAAUCUGCAAAAAUAUUUAAUUUUUCUGAAAGACUAACGACUUGUUUGGCACUUUAAAAAAUUAUCUUUCACGGAAAAUACGCUUGUCGAAUGAGUUCUCUCUUGACAGCAAUGAGCUUGACGUAUAUGUUAAAAGACACAUGCGUCCGCGAUUUGUACUUAUGUAUGUAUCAAAGAGAUUUAACUGAAGCUUGUUAUGAGCCCUGUUCUCAUUUACCCCUGUUUACAUUUACCCACAUUGACCCUACCACGCAACACCAGAUACCAGAUAUUGCGACCGUGCGAGAGAUCCAUUAUUCUCUUUUCUCAUUUUCGCGAAAAAAAAUGCAACAACACUUUGCAUGCGCGAUUAGCUUGCCUGGCGCCAUCCUUUUUUAUGGAAAAACUCUGUGUACAAACAAUAACAACGUAUGGUAGAUAGUAUCUACUAGAUACCUAAGUCCAUAUUUUUCUAUAUACCACCAAACAACACUCGAUAGAGCGAGUGCGAGAGAUCAUGUAGAAACAAAAUAGAAGAUAAUAAUGUGAGAGAUACAACUAGCGCCAGCGGAAUUUGUUUGAACUACAAAUUCCAAUACAUACGCAAUCCAAGAAUUUCUGAGGAAAAAAAUGGAAAGUAGACAUUUUUCAAAAAUUAAUUGUAAGAAAACUAUUAUAGCAAUUCUUGUUUUCUUACUUGAUAUUGAUAGAAAAUAUAAUGAAAAAAAAAAUUAAAAACAUAUAACAAAAAUCUAAAAAUUUUGGUUUCUAAGUACAGCUUAUUGUUUUUGGGACUACUUCAAAACAGUGGCGUAGAUAGCUUUUCGCUAAGGGGGGGAAUAGAUCUACAUAGUUCGCACAUUUUUUUUAAGUUUUAAUGCUUCUUUGUAUUGUUUUUAUUAUUUUUAAACUGGAAAAAGUACUUUCGGUAGUUGACGUUAAAGCCAGCAGUGUAGCUAAUAUCUUUAAUAAAAUAUAUAUGUAUAUUGGGAAAGCUUUCUUCGGGGCAGUUAUCGAGCGCUUCCAAUGAGUUCUUAGAUGAAGUAUUAUUCCUUCUGAUCAAAUAUCUUUUCCGAGUUUUUAACACAGAGAAUAAUAUGACCACCUAAAAACUAACAUAUUUUCUUAUUGAACUGAAGAAAUCUUAUUAAAAUCAAGAAUUUAUAAGGUUUUUCCAUAGAGAUUUUUUAUUUUCAUGGAGAAAAAUCUUUUAAAAAAUUUUAGUAAAAAUUAAAUAUUUUUAUCAACUUGGCACUAAAACAAAAACUGUGACCAAUUUUUCUAUAGUGUGUUAAAAUAGGUGGCAGAUGUGCGAUAAGAGAUAGAGAGUUGAAGUCUUCAGUUCGAUCGCCGACAUGAAUGUAUUUUUUUUUCUUGGCAAAACCCUACAAGUGCAUAUAAAUUCUUGAAAAAUAUUAAAUAAAAAAUUCUUAAUGUGUACUGAUUUAAAGGCGCUUUGUGUUUUUUCGAAGUAAAAUGUAUGAUUUCCUGAAAAAAUUUGAUCGUUUGUUUGGGAGAAAAUAACAAAAGAAUUAUAUCACCAUCUUCAAACACUUUCGAAAGUGAGUCGUCUUCUGCCCGUUUAAUUUUAAGUUGAUCGCUUAAAUCUUUAGCGAUAUCCAUAGCUUAGACCAAGUCUAAAUUCACUCUUUAAAACUCACGACUUAAUUGCAACGAGAGUUGGUAAACCAUACUUAAAAGCUUUAAGCUAGUCAAGAGUACUAACUGUGAGCACUAACUAGACUUAAUUGAAGUAGGAACUUAGGAACUAAAUUUCGGAGUGCGUUUCUUUAACUUAUUUGUUCAUGACUGACUAUGUUAAACAAUUAUCGAUCCCAAUGGAGGGGGAUAUAUCCUCCUGAUCCCCCCCCUAUCUACACCACUGCUUCAAAAGCAACUGUAGGGUUACAAAAUAAUAUUUUCAAACAAAAUUUAGUUUUAAUCCAUAGUCAAUAAACUAAGCUUUUAAAUAAAAUAAAAAUUAUACUCUGAAAAACAAAGCAAUUAAACCACUUAAAAAAAAAAGUUAAGAAAAAAUGACUUUUUAACAUUUUUUUGUUGUGUAAGACCCUAAAACUUAAUAUAUAUUUCUAAAACUAAUCAAUGUGUUAGUAUUUGAGUUAAGGUACUUAUUUCUUUUUAUUUCGAUGAAUUUUAUUAAUAAUUUCAGAAGUUACACAUGUUCAAACAUUGUAAGAUAAGCAAAAAUAGCGUCAGUUUUUUAAAAUACUUUUACUCCAUAGUUUGAUUCAAUCUCAAUCCAAAAUAGAAAUAAAAAAAAAAUAAAAAUUUUAGUCUAACUAAGAAACAAACCGAUAUCUUUCAGGUCAUUCUAAAACAACAAAAAUUUUAUCAUGUUUUGUUCUCUCUUAAUUACAGGUGCACAAAUUGCAAAUUGUGGGGCUGAAGAUAUUUAGCCUUGUUUAUUAUCUAAAUAAUUAAAUUUAUUUCAUUCAAUUAUCUUUUAAAAUGUGAAAGUUAUGCACCGCCCAACUAGCACAACAGCUUCUAUAAAUUCAAAUCCCGCAGGUUCUACUUUUUAUACAGCUUGUAUUGAGUUUGCUUCAGAAUUUAACUGGUUAUAGAAGUUCGGACUUGUUUAACAGCUUCUAAUAAGUUGUUUAAAUACUAUUAAAGAAACUUAAAUGAAGAAAACUUGCUUUUCUUAUAAGCCUAUUUAAUGAAUUUAUAGAAGCUUUACAGAAAUUACCAAGUUUUGUAUUUGAUUUUUGGUUUUGAUAUUAAAUAAUCUAGCUCGGAUACUUUUUGGUUUUGACAUUUUAUAAUUUAGAUCGGACAUUUUUUUGCUAUUUGAACUGAUUAAGUUUUUGAUUUCAUUAAUGAAUAUACUUGGAUUGCCGAGUGGGUAGAGUAGUGGACUACCACCAAGCAGAUACGAAGUUCGAUUCCUGGGUGUGCUAAAAAAAUUAUAUACUUUUAAAAUUAUUAUUAAUAAAUAUACUAAAAACUAAUGGAAUGUUAUAUAUAAUAUCAGAUCAAAAGAUGAUGAUGAUUUACAACCAGUUAAAAAAGAAUUCUUUUUUUUGUAGUUUUUAUUUUAAUUUCGAUAAGACAUGUAUUAAAGAGCUAUACAAGCUCUUCCGAAGCUAUCUGUCAAAUCUCAAAGCUUCCGUAGAGCUUCGGUAAAGCUUCGUUUAAGAUCCUUAUAGAGGGUCAAACUUGUAUUACGUUCUCCUUUUUUCAUGCCCAACAACCUUACUAAAGUUUAAAAGAAGCUGAAAUGUAGCUUUUGUAAUACCUUAACCGAAGCUGAAAUGUUAGUUGGGCGAUUUGUAAACGAUAAGCCGAUUUCUACGUGGUCCACUCAGCCUUAAUCUGUCAAACUCAACUAAAUGAGGAAGAGAGGGGAAAAUGUGAGAAGGGAAUUUUUUGUUUGUUUUUAUAUUUGAAAAAUUAUUGAAUGCAUAUUUUUAUUUCAGUUUGCUUAGAAUUCAAUUUGAAAGAAUUAUUUCAGUACCAAAUUAAUUCUUUAUUGUUUGUUCAUUCAUAAAAUUAAUCUCAAAGAAUUUUGUUUUGAAAGAUCAACAAAAUGUAACAUUAGUCGUUCCUAAAUAAAAGUUGAAAUUUUCUAACAAAAUCUAACAAAAAUUACAACAACGAUUUUUUGACACAACAACCAAAGCUAACUUUAUUUUAUUAAAAGAAUGGGCCACAGUUCUGUCUCUAAUUUAGGCAGUUUUUAUGCCACAAUUUGGUUGUGCACUGUAGGUUUAAUAUACACCUAUUCCUGUACUUCUAAUUCUUAGGUUUAUACUUUCGGUUUAGUUUUCACUUUUUCAUUUUCGCAUUCAUUUCGAAAUGUCGGCGUGAAAACAAAUUUAUUUAUUAUGAAAAUUUUAGACGUUUGUCUAAUUUUUUCACAGAACGAGAAUUGGAUUUUAGGUGAAAGGGUUAGGUUAACGUGGCUAUCACUUAGUCCAUGAUUGGUCCGUUGUGAUACCACAAUGAAUCUUUGAGAGUUUUUCUUCCUAUUCGUUGAACCAUUUGGAGCUUCUAAUAAAGCGAGCGAGACUACCUAUGUCUAUAUUUGCUAGAUCACUAGGAUUGUUAUAGUAGAAUUCUCCCAAAUGGAGUCUACGUCUUUGAGAUAACGCAGGACAUUCACAGAGAAGGUGAGGAAUCAAUUCCACCUCCUCCUCAUCCAUGCAGCUUCUGCAGAAAUCAUUGGAAUAGAUUCCGAGGCGCGUUGCGUGCUUGCAUAUUAUACAGUGUCCUGUUAUGACACCUAUCACGGAGCUGAUUUGUGAUCUGCUUAGAGAUAUUAAGGCUGAGUGGACCACGUAAAAAUCGGGUUAUCGUUUACAAAUCGGUGAAUAACUUUUACAUUUUUAAAGAUAAUUGAAUGAAAUAAAUUUUAUUAUUUAGAUAAUAAACAAGGCUAAAUAUCUUCAUCCCCACAAUUUCCAAAUUUGUGCACUUGUAAUUAAGAGAGAACAAAACAUGAUAAAAUUUUCGUUGUUUUAGAACGACCUGAAAGACAUUGGUUUGUUUCUUUGUUAGACUAAAAUUUUUAUUUUUUUUAUUUCUAUUUUGGAUUGAGGUUGAAUCAAACUACGGAGUAAAACUAUUUUGAAAAACUAAAAAUGUAUUUUUCAUAGAAAAAAAUUAAUCGAAACUGAAGCUAUUUUUCCUUAUGUCACAAUGUUUGAACAUGUGUAACUUCUGCAAUUAUUGAUAAAAUUCAUCGAAAUAAAAAGAAAUAAGUACCUUAACUCAAAUACUAACACAUUGAUAUGUUUAAGAAAUUUAUAUUAAGCUUUAAAGUCUUAAACAACAACAAAAUGUUAAAAAGUCAUUAUUUUUUCUAUCAACAUCAAGUUAGAAAACAAGAAUUGCUAUAAUAGUUUUCUUACAAUUAAUUUUUGAAAAAGAGUCUACUUUCUAUUUUUUUCCUCAGAAAUUCAUGGAAUGCGUAUGUAUUGGAAUUUGUAGUUCAAACAAAUUCCGCUGGCGCUAGUUGUAUCUCUCUCUUUAUUAUCUUCUAUUUUGGUUCUACAUGAUCUCUCGCACUCGCUCUGUCGAGUGGUUGUUUGGUGGUAUAAAGAAUAAGAUGAACUUAGGUAUCUGCAUUCUACAUAUUGUUUGUACAUAGGUUUUUCCAUAAACAAGGAUUGGCGCCAGGCAAGCUCAUCGCGCAUGCAAAGUGUUGUUGUAUUUUUUUCGCGAAAAUGAGAGGAUACAGGAAAUGGAUCUCUCGCACGUUCGCAAUAUAUGGUAUCUGGUGUUGCGUGGUAGGUAUGUAUAUGGAAUAGGAUAAACGAGUUUUUUUUUUUGUAUUCUUAUUGUUUUUUUUUAAACUGGUUUAUUUAUCUCGUUCAUAAAUUUAUGAUGUUGCAUGUUAGGUAUUCUUAUGAGCAACUGUAUGGAUAUAUUUUUUUCUAUGAAAAAAAAAAUUGGAAAGACAGGCGGUCUGUAAUGUUAUUCGCAUUAUAAUAAAAAAAUCUAAAUUUUCGAAUUUGAUCUUAUAGAUGAAAUUGUCUUUUUCUGUGAAAUCGCGCACAACUAUUCUGCUUCUCAAUUACUUCAUUUGUAUAAUACCAUUUUUUUCUUCAUAAAUAUACCUACCAUGACUCUUGUACAUAGAGUAAAACCAAUGGAAAACGAAAUUCGGUUGCGCAAAGCAAAACCACAAUAUACACUUGCAAGGCUUGCAACCCUUUUUUUGCUAUUUCCUUGAUGCUGAUUUGUUUUUUCUACCUAAAUAGACUUUAAUUUUAUGACUUUGGUUCUCUAGAAAGGGAAAGAGAAUGCAAAUAAAGAUACCGAGAGAGAACUGAGUUGAGAUGACGUUGAACGUGAGAGAUGUAUGGCGAAGAAAGGUCACUAAUACACACAAACUCAUUUACAUGAAGUCUGAGUUGGUCAUUCGGGGACACCCACUCUUAAACAAUUAGAGCCCUUCAGAUGCAGUAUUGGCCAGAUCUGUUUAGUCGCUAUACAUGUGGUGAUAUUAUUCCACCUUAGGUUUGUUUUAUUUGUAGCAUCUUGUUUGAGCAUUACUUUACAGGUAGUGAUGGGGAUACCUAUGUUGAAGUUAUUUGGUAAUAAAGGUAUCAGUGUUCCACUUUUGGCAAGUUCAUCAGAUUUUCCUUAAAUAUCUCUAUGACCCGGCACCCAGCAAAGAUGAAUGUUAAACUGCUGUGUCAUCUCCAUCAGAGAUGAUCGACAGUUAAAGGCAGUAAUUAAAUUGGUAGAGACAGAAUCAAGAGAUUUAAUGGCUACCUGACUGUCCGAAAAGAUACGGAUAUCUUUGUUUGAUACCACGUUUUCUUUAAGCCAAGACAGGACUUCUUUUAUCGCCAAAAGUUUCGCCUGGAACACGCUACAGUGAUUAGCAAGACGAAAGGAGAUACUUAAUUUUAGUCUAUCAGAGUAUACACCUCAUAAACAAAAAAUACCAAGACUGGAAACUCGGCAGUCAACUGACGUUUGCCUACAAGCUGCGAGGUGUGGUGAAUGUCGUGAACCUAUCGUUGUGUUCGUGUCCGAUGAGUGGUGAAUGUCGUGAAUCUAUAAAUGUGUGCGUGUUAACGUCAUUUACCAACGUGGUAGCUUUCACAUAUAUUCACAGACAACACUGUAAACAACAGGGUUUUGGGGGGAAAGACGUACGAAAGUUUCCAGUCUUGGUAUUUUUUGUUUAUGAUACACCUCCACCAACUCCAUCUUCAGUUUUUGGUGUAAAAAUGGAUCGAAUCAUCUUCCAGGAAUUCCCUAUCCUCCCAGACUGAUCUAUCAAAUUUACUUGGGAUCUAUCUAUUUUACUUGAGUUCAGAAUAAUAGAGUGACCAAUAUUAUUAUUGAUCCAUUGUGAAGAGGCUUUGAGCCGAAUAGCUGUACUUGCAGCCAUUGAUUUGCAAUAUAUGUCGAGGGGUGUUAAAUGGAACAGCGUAUCCAGUGCCGCAGAAGGGGUUGUGCGAAGUGCUCCUCCUAUGCUCCUGAACGUUGCACUUUGCUUAGUUUAACACAAUUAGCAUUAUCUUCUAGAUUCUAGAGCAGUUCACCAUACUGACACACCGUAUGUUAGAAUCGGUCUGAUUACUGUUCUGUAGAGCCAAUGAAUAAUUCGAGGUUAAAGCCCCCAUUUAUUCCCUUUUCUCAUGCUUUUUUGCAUGGAAGAGUGCCACUGUGGCCUAUUUAACUCUUUCUUGAAAGUUAAGUUUCCAUUUAACUUUUUAUCUAAGAUUAAAUUAUGAUAUUUUGCCUCGUCAGAGAAUUUAAGUGGUACGACUUUAAUGGAAGGGGGUUCUAUAUGAGGAAUUUUGUAUUUUCUUGAGAAGAGGAUAAGAUCUGUUUUAUGGGGAUUUACAUCUAGUCCACACCGAUCGGUCCAUCUUGUUAGCUUAUUAAAGGUAUGUUGUAAGCGAUCUUUAAGGAUAUUGGGGUGCUUUCCUGAUACGGCAAUAGCAAUAUCAUCCGCAUAUGCGAUCUGUAACUCUCCGCCUCUAAAUAUUUCAACAGUUUAUUUACUACCAAGUUCCAUCAGAGCGGUGAAAGAACACCGUGUUGUGGCAUCCCUCUACUGACAGAUCUUCUUGCAGAGGAGUCGCCCAGCUUUGAAUUGAUCCUUCUGCUAUAGUUAGCAUUUGUUUGAUCAAUUCUCCAAGCGACUCUUCCACCUUAAGAGAUGACAGUGCAGACGCGAUUGCAGAUGUAUUGACACUGUUAAAAGCACCUUGUAUGUAUAUCGAGGAAGGCAACCAAAGUAUACUCUUUAUGAUGGAGGGAGUAUUCGAUGGUUCUUACUAGUUAAUGGAAAGCUGUUUCCACCGAUUCCCCGAUUCUUAAGUGGAUAUCAAUCAUUCGUUCAAAGGUUUUGAGAAGGAAUGAUGAUAGACUGAUAGGUCUGAGGUCUUUCGGUUCUACAUGGGAAUAUUUUCCUGCUAUGGAUAUAAAUAUAACUCACUUCCCUCCAUAGCACAGGUAUAUAAGUUUCAAACAGCUAUUGAAGACCAUCUCAAGGAUGGACAAAAUAAUGUCGCUAGUAUUUUGUAGUUCGGCUGGUAUUAUGCCAUCAGGUCCUGUUGAUUUGUAUGGUUUGAAGGUAUUGAUUGCCCAGUGCAGUUUUUCCCUUGUGAUCAGACCUUGUGGAUAAGUUGCAACGUUUUCAGAUAUACUAUAUGUUACGUUACUAACAGUUUGAGUGCUUCCUGGGAAAUGAGUAUCAAGAAGCAGGUUGAGCGAUUCAUCGCAUGAACUGGUCCAAGAGCCAUCAGCAUUUUUCAAGUAGCUAGGCAUCAUUGCAUUGAUUGAGAGGAUUUUUCUUAAUCUAGAUGCUUCGGAGGUUUCUUCUAUAUUGCUACAGAACUUCUUCCAGGAAGAUCUUUUGGAUUUCCUCAAUCCUUUUUUUAUAUAUUUUUAGGGAGUCCUUAAAGGAGUCCCAAUCUGAAGCAUUUCUGGUGCAUUUUGCUCGAUUGAACAGCUUCCAACAGCUUUUUCUAAUUGGUUCAAGCUGUGAGUUCCACCAAUGUGGUUUCUUUUUCCCCCUCACAUGUGUGAGUGGACAAGAGAUUUUCAUAGAGUUAUUCAGAAGUAUAGUGAGAUCAUUGACUUUACUGUCAAGAGAGGACUUAAAAAAUUAGAUUUAACUAUGUUUUUGAGCGUUUCCCUGUAUUUUGGCAAGUCGGUUUUCUUGAAAUUACGAAAAUUUAUUCGGCUAGGGGGUCCAACAUCUAGGCUGAAUUGAAUGUAUCUAUUAUCAGAGAACGAGUGUUCCUCCGAUACUUUCCAAUCAGUGAUCAUAUGUUGAAUACUGUCGGAGACAAGAAUUAUGUCUAGAACUUCUUGUCUGUUUUUAGUAAUAAAAGUGUGGUCAUUCCCAAUGUUACUUACAAUAAGUUAAGGGCCGAGCCUAAGUUAAAUAGAGACUCACCUCUAUCAUUUAUAUCAGUGCUACCCAAAGUGUAUGAUGGGAAUUAGCAUCACUUCCAACUAUGAGGCUUGUCUUCUGCCGUUCAGCUGCAGCGAUUAUCUUUUCCAGGGUUUGUCCCGGGAGAGGGCCAAGGUUGUCAUGACCAAGAUAUGCUGAGACUUGCCAAAAUAAGCCUUUGGCUGUUUCAAGUCUGGCUGUGGUUAUGUCUCUAUUGCUAAAAUUAGUAAGUAAAAAUACUUUAAUGCUACUUUUAACUAGAAUGCAAGAUCUGGGGUCACCUUUUUCUGUUGCCUACAGUAUGUAGUAUCCAGGAGUCCUUCGUCCCCUCACCAUGGAUUUAACAAUCCACGGUUCUUGGAUAAGGACGAUGUCUUCCGCUUGUUGUGUUAGGCGUAGGGUUAGGGAGGCCGAAGGCUUGAUGGAGUGCUGUAGGUUAAUCUGUACUUGCCAGAUAAUCUGUACUAGGCUAGAUAGAUCAACCUCCAACACGGUGAUGUCGUCGUCUCCAAACUCAGAUGAGGAUGAGUUUAGAAGCUCAUCCUCAUUCAGAGGACUAAUAUUGAAGUCUUCAGUCUUCAGUCUUCAGUCUUUAUUGAAGGAUGGACCGGAUACAUCGUCUUCCAUAGAUGGGAAGGUAAUCGAUGCACCAGCACCCUCAACCACAGCAACAUCUUCAGGGAGCUGUAUUGGAACGCCAUCUGCGUCCAUCUCAUCUUUUUUGUAGAUUCGUAGGUUUAUGUUGUCGAAACCAAAGCGAAUCUUACCAGUGGUCUGAGCUAAGAGGCCAAGGGAAUCCUUAUUCUAUAAAGACCCUUAACCUUUUCAAGCUUUGCGACUUUCCAGUCAUGAGUAGGCAAGGAGGGAUUGCUUAACUUGAUUAUUUGGAGAUUAUCAUCCAUACAGAAGGGUUCCGCCGGAAUCCAUGCCUUAGCUUUAGGUCUGCAAGGAAUAUCCUCCCUUGCCACAGCCUCGAGACUUCACCCAAUUUGCCAACAGCCAACUUAUACAGAUGGCACGAUCCCUGAUCAUCGCAAGCGAUGAGUUUGACAUGACCUUGACGCCAACCGCUAUCGCUUGUGAUCGGAGAUGGUCCUUCACUUUUACCACCUGCCAUUGAUCAAAGGUGAUCUUGCUCCUGUCGAAAACCACAAUCACUAUCUUAAGGUGAAAGGGUGAAAAUAUUUUCAAUUCACUUUUUCAACGAACCAGAAUAGGCAAUCUGUAACUCUUCGCCUCUAAAUAUCUCAACAGCUGUCAGUUGUGCUGACAGAUCUUCUUGCAGAGGAGUCGCCCAGCUUUGAAUUGAUCCUUCUGCCACAGUAAUGUCUACUGAAAUUCACAUUCAAAUAAUGUUACUUACAGUGAGUUACAGGGGAAGUUUGGCGUCCCAAACUCACUGUCCCUUGUCAAAUUUUGGAACUUAUGUGUAAUCGAAUUGAUUCAUUUAUUUAAUUUUUUAUGGUAAAUGGGUCAUACAUUCCAAAUAUUUUGAAGUAUGAAAUAAACUUAAACUACAAAAAUAAAUUUUUAAUUCGUACCCAUAUUUGACUAAAGCAAAAUAACACAUUUUUUAAAGAUUUUACCUGGUGCAGGUUUUCCCAAAUAUCAUAAAAUCUUUAAGUUUUCUGGCAAACUUGUGAACAACAUUUUUGUUCAUUUUUGUUUUCUUCAUAUGAAUAAAUUUAUAAAACACUAUGUUUAUAACAAAUCUGCCUCAAAGUCAAAAAUUAUCAUGGUUAAGAUGAAAAUAAUUCCAUUUAAAAAUUAAUAUCUGAGCAAUAAAAAGAGAUAAUAACAUUUUUUAAAUGCAGGUACAAAGAAUAACAUUCUAAAAAUCAAGACAUUAAUGAAGUUUUUAUCAUAAGUAUUGACGGAGUUAUUAACAUUCACAUGAGUAAAGGCGUAUCAAAGUAAGCGUUUUCUUGAAUCAUCGCUAAAAGGUAUCAAGUUUGCAGAUAGAUAGUUACGGUAGAACAUUUUUUUUUUCUUAGAAUAUAGGUACCCAAGAAUCACCCCUCAAAAUCUUCUCAUCUCAUCCCGGGACACCCUGUAUAACAAUAUAAAUGCUUUUAUAAAAAGGAAUACAAAACUUCUGAAUUCAUUAAGACAUAGCAAUAUUUCCUUAGCUCCAGUAGGCUUUGGCUCCAAUUCGGGAGUAGAUUUUUAGAUUUUUUUUAGAUUAGAAUUGAUUUUAUUCAUAAUGAUUAAUAAAAUUAAUAUAACAUUUAAAUAUAAAACAAAAUCAUUUAGACAUUUAUCUGCCGUCUGCCGAAUUGACUAUUUAUAUACUUUUACAAUAUAAUUUAUUUUUUAAAUUUGACUUUAAAUUUUAUAGCGAUUUUUAUUUUUUUUAUUUAUUAACAAUUUUCACAUAAUAAUAAAAAAAUAAGGUUUUUCGUCAAAAAAGUCCUUGUAAGAUUUAAUUUCGAUAUUUUAAAGCAAUUGUACAGAGCUGAUACAGUUUUGAAACAUUCAUUUGAUUUAAUUCGCAUAUGACUUCCUCAAUGGCUAGAAAAUCUUUUCCAAGGAUACAUGUUCUCGUUUCUCUUAGAGUAGGACACUUUCCCAAGAAAUGCACAACGUCUUCCCUCUCCAUCCUGUUGCAUAUAUUGCGGUGACUGGAACAUCUGCUCUGUGAGGUAUAUAGUUCAAGUUUAGAAUUUCAGCUCGUAGUCUGACCAUCAUUGAUAUUUUCCCUGACACUUAGCUCAUCACUGAAGUAGUUUAACUGCUGCAAAUUGUGUUUAAGCUGGCAGUAGACUGUACGCUGUAAGGAGUUUGAAGCUUCAUCCAUGUACUUGGUUCUAGCUGCUUCAUCUACCUUGGCAAUAAUUUGAUACAUGUCCUUUUUUUAAUUUGGAAAGGUCCUCUACAUUGCAAACCAAAUUAAUUCUACUCUUUUCUGCCAAAUCAAGCCAUUCGCGAUACCAUCCACUCCUUGGGCCUUACUAAUAAUCAAAUUUAAAGCUCAGUUAAAUAUUUAACUGAGCUUUAAAUAUUUCUCCAUACCAAUAACCAAUCUAAUAGGCAGGUUAAGGGUUAACGCCACGUUAAUUUUAUAGCUGGAAAACUGAACUAUAAACGCACGGUUAAAUUAAAACGCACGAUUUGCACUGUCAUUUGACAGCAAAAAAAAACAUUUGUCAAGUCAACCAGUUAUUGCGAAAAAUUAAUAAUAUUGGCGGCAAAUUAUUAAAUAUGUAAGUAAAUGGAAAUAUAUAUUUGUUUAUAAAUAUUUAUCCUUUUUAUUAAUAAAUAUUCAUUACUUUCAGAAAAGGCUGAAAAAGAAAACUUAAAAAGAAAUAGAUCUGCAAAUUUUCAUCGUCGUACUUCACGAUAGAUGAACUUUUUUUGUAUGCACUUUUGGCCUCCUUGCUUGGGCUCCAUUAUUUUAUCUUUUACAACCAAAAUAAAAAUAUAUGAAGGUAUGUAGGUAUUUUGUAGUUAUGUUUUUGUUCAUUAUUACAUUACAUGCAAAAAAUGUCACUUCAAUGAUGUCAUUUUGACAACAAAUGUAAUAGAUCUGGUAAUAGAAGCACAAUUAGUUAAACGCGCGUUUAUUUUGAUUAUUAGUAAACACCCAAUUUAACGCGACGGUAAAAUUUAACCCGACGUUACUUAAACGUGUUUUUAGCGAUUCAUUAUUGGUAAGGCCCCUUGAGUUGAUAGCCUUAAGAGCUGCUAUUUUGGGUAAACGAUAGUCUGCCAAAUUUAAGCUUUUAAUUAUGUAAUCCACUUGCAGUUUUAAUGUUUUCACAAAAAGUGGAGAAAUUCCCGUUUCUAGCAUUAUGACAUAGUUCGGUGUGUUGGGCGGCAAAUAGAAUGGUGGUUUAAUGUAGAAGCGCAAUAAUUUUUCACCAAUUUCAUAAUAUUUACUUCCCCAACUUUGUGCAGCAUAAAGCAUAAUGGAUUCUGCUAGCCAUUUUCGCUUUAUUAAGCUUUUCACUAAAGUGUUUGUCCAUAUUUAAGUUCUUCGUGAACCGUGAAGGUAUCUUCUAAGUACUUAAACUCUUUAACCACUUCAAUCAAUUCUCCAUUGCGCAAUUUCUCCCUCCAUGUUUUUUGAAGAUCAUCACUUUCAACUUCUCUAAAUUGACAAUUAAUCCCCAACGUUUGGAAUAUUCGUGUAUCCGAUUAAUCAUUAGUUGAAGUAAUUCUGGAGUACAUACGAGCAGCACAAUGUCGUCUGCAAAUAGCAGAGCUUUAUUCAGCGUCCCCGCAUAAACAAUACCUCCGGGCAACCAGUCGAUUAGAUCCUCUAUGAAUAUUGCAAAUAAAUGCUGGCUUAGUGUGCAACCUUGCCUAACCCCUUAUGCAAAUUGGAACCAAUCAGACUUUUCUUCACCAUACCACACAGCAGCUCGAGUGUCGUCAUAUAAACUUUCAAUUAGUCUGACAAACUUCAGAGACAUUCCUUUUUCAAACAGCUUAUAGAUUAGCGCUUUACGAUCCACAGUAUCGAACGCAGCUUUGAAGUCAAUGAAGAACACGUAGAGUUUUUUGUCUUGGUCUAAGAAUGAAUCUGCAAUACUCCUCGGCACUAAUAUAUGAUCAAGAGUUGAAUACCCUUGUCUAAACCGGCUUGAAAUUCUUUUAAUUAGGUAUUUUCUGUUAUCCAUGUUGACAGUUUUCGUUGCAUUAUUGCGGUAAAUAUUUUGUAGGAUGCAUUAAGAAACGAAAUUCCCCGAUAGUUUGCUGGAUCCGAUGCACAUCCUUUCUUGUAUAUAGGAAAAAUCAGUGCUUUCUUGAACUGAAGAGGUAUCACGCCUGUUUCAAAAACAUUAUUGAACAAGAGAGCUAAACUUUCAAAAAGACCGCUAUUCGCAUACUUAUAAAAUUCGGCUGGUAUUCUAUCAGAUCCUGGUGCUUUUCUAUCUUUAAGGCCCUCAGCUGCUAGUUUCACCUCAACCGGAGUUAUUCGUUGAUCAAGGAUUUGAUUUUCGACUCCUGGACUUAGAGGUUAUAAUAUAUGGAGUGCUUGUUCCUAUACCUAAUACAUUGUAACGCCAUAUGCAUGGAUAGGGGUCGCUGCCUUCGUUUUUCACUGCGGAACACGCUUGUUGAUGAGAGCCAUCAAAUGAAAAUGAAAUGGAGGCAUGCAUUCAUCGAAAAACUUAAAGAAACUAGAGCCCUCUAUAAAAGCUUCACGGAACUAACAGCACAAGCACUCCAUAUAUUAUAUCCUCUAAGCUCCUGGAGCAGCAUAAUGGAUGACAACCCUGGAUUAAGAAGCAUAUUGAAGUUCCGCGAUAAAACAUCAGAAUUAAGGUCUCACCAAUUGUGUAUUGUUCACCGUUAAGUUUCCAUGCCAAUUGCCAAAAUUCAGCCGAAUUUCUGCAGCUCGCCAGUUAUUGGGCUUCCAUUUCAAAAUAUUUUUUUCUUUUUGUGUUUACAUAGCUCUUUAAGCAACUUGUUUGCUUCCAUGUAUUGUUUUUUGUUGAAAUUAUUACUGUUGCGCUGGAAAAUUCGCAACCACGAAAAUGAUUUCUGCCUUGUUAUUAGGCACUCAGUGUCAAACCAUGGUUCGACAAAUUGCUUGGUACCUUUUCUCUUCUGGCUCGAAAUAGGAUAUAUGCUGUUUUAAUCACAUUUUCUAGUUGAUGAAAGUUGUCUAUUUCUUGAUUUCCUAGCAAGUUUUCUAAGUUCUCUCGAUAAUUGUUUCGUUUUACCUCUGACCAUGAUAGUUUAGGAAGUAACGUCAUGUUUCGUUGAUCCUCGCUCAUAAAACUAUUAAGUUGAAAAAAAAAAAACAAUUAUUGGAAAGUGAUCGGAAUAAGGUCCAA